UGAUUUUUGCAAUUCUAUUGAAUUUUUGCCCUCUGCAAAGGUUCCAACAUACAUAUUUUUUUUUAUAUUCAGGUUCAGGGCUAGCUCUUAUUUCCCUUUGCAUUCUUGUACACUACAAUAUUAGAAAGAAAGAAACAAGCAUAGAGAUUCAUUUCUGCCUGCAAUUUCUGCACUUGGAGAAUGAUGAGCCAAGCUUUGAACACAGAAAGCAUCAUGAACGAGCGUGAGGCUCAGGCUCAGCAAUCACCUGGCGGAAUUGCCAUAGCUCUUAAGAAGACAGCUCCACAAAUAUCAGUUCCAUCGAUGAACUUGGAGGAUAUCAAGAGACAAAGACAAUCAUCCUUCCACAGCUCACCUCGCUCGCACAGGGACCUCACAAAGUCUUCGAGUACACGGUGCCUUUGCUCGCCCACCACCCACGUCGGCUCUUUCCGAUGCCGCCUCCAUAGAGCGCCUGGAAUGCCUAGAGGAGGCUCAGUUGGCUCCAAUCUUUCCCUACUUGGAGCCACCAAAACAAGCCUAGCUCAUGAUUGAUUAAUUCUGAUUCAUUGAUUUUUAAAUUACUAUAUAAUUUGAUUGUGUGGUGUGUCUGUGUGUGUGGUGAUUGCUGAUAAGUUACAUGAACAUUAGAGAGCAGGUGGAAUCUGUCAGUGAUGAUCUUGUACUGUUUGCCAAUGGUGCUUCCAUUGUUCAUUGUUGUUGUCACUUUACAUGUCAAGCAUGUUGAAGGGAGAUUAAGAACCUUUGGUUAUUUCAUCUUAUUUAUGUGUAUAUUAAAGUUAGAUCCGAAUCGAGUUAGUUAA